AUUCCCAACACCAACGUGAAUCGUUCAUGUUCCUUCCACGUUCUUCUGCAGAACAACAAAAAACAAACUAUUGAAUUUUGUGUUCUUCAUCCAAAAACCAAAAACAAUGGAAAACUCUUCAAAUGAAUAAUCUCAAAAUUCUUCAACAACAAUGGAGGAGGAGUCAGAACUCCAAGACAUAAAUUUAGACCCACCAAAACAACCCGACCCGAUUAACGACGACCGUCCUCUUCUCAAACCCAUUACAAUCUUCGCUUCCGACACCGAAGAACUUGAGAGGAAAUUCGCUCCAUAUGUACGCCACGAUGUUUACGGAACAAUGGGACGCAGCGAGUUACCAACCAAGGAAAAGUUUUUACUUGGCGUUGCAUUGGUUACGCUUGUUCCUCUCAGAGUUGUUGCUGGAAUGACGAUUUUGUUAUUGUAUUAUUUGAUUUGUAGGGUUUGUACGUUUUGGUCUGUUCCUAAUCGUGAAGAUGAACAAGAAGAUUAUGCACAUAUGGUUGGAUGGAGAAGGAUUGUUAUUGUUCAGUGUGGAAAAGCUUUGUCUAGGCUUAUGCUUUUUGUUUUAGGGUUUUAUUGGAUUCGACAAUCGCGUCGCCGUGAAAACCCUACCGACAAUGAGGAAAACAAAGACCAGCCGGAAGAGACAGAAAGACCCGGUGUGAUAAUAUCUAAUCAUGUAUCAUACUUGGAUAUUUUGUAUCACGUGUCUAUCGCAUUCCCAAGUUUUGUUGCUAAGAGAUCAGUGGCCAAACUUCCUCUAAUUGGUCUCAUCAGUAAGUGUCUUGGUUGUAUCUACGUUCAGCGGGAGUCAAAGUCAUCAGACUUCAAGGGUGUUUCAGCUGUUGUCACUGAAAGAAUUCGAGAAGCUCAUCGAAAUACAUCUGCUCCAAUUAUGAUGUUAUUUCCAGAAGGUACAACCUCAAAUGGAGAAUAUCUCCUUCCAUUCAAGAGUGGUGGUUUUUUGGCAAGUGCACCAGUACUUCCUGUAAUUUUAAAUUACCAUUACCAGAGAUUUAGUCCUGCCUGGGAUUCCAUUUCCGGGGUGCGUCAUGUGAUUUUUCUUCUCUGUCAGUUUGUAAAUUAUAUGGAGGUGACAGAGUUACCUACAUACUAUCCCUCACAAGAGGAGAAAGAUGAUCCCAAACUAUAUGCAAGUAAUGUUAGAAGAUUGAUGGCUACUGAGGGUAAUAUGAUACUUUCAGAUAUUGGGCUGGCUGAGAAACGAAUAUAUCACUCUGCUCUUAAUGGCUUGUUUUCCCAAUGCUAAUUUUAGCUUCAUGCCCUGUGGCAUUCAAUGUAUGGUUGUUAACAAAGAAACUUCCGUGCUGAGCAAGAUUCAUAUUUGAAUUGUAUCCGAUCAUCGAUCUUCUUUUGGAGCGUCAGUGCAGUUCAGCAUAAACUUAUUGGUACUAACUUUUUGGCUGAUCCUCUCAAGUUGAGGUGGUUUACAGUAUAAUUGCUGAUUCUGAUGAUUUUUUAUUGAUUAGGGAGAUUUAGCUCAAAUUUUUUAACCUACUAAUCUUGAUAAGUGUUGUUUGCUGAAGUUUUUAUUUUAUAUAUGGUAGGAAUUUAAAUAUUUAGGAGGGGGCGCAGAUAAACACGUAAAUAUGUAAAAUAUUUUAUUUGUUUUUAUGAAUUACAUUAUUUCAUCUAG